AUGCCAUCUAAUGUGCAGACACCCGCCGCCGAGCUUGCUGAGGUUGCUGCGGCUGCUCAGCCGUUGAUUGACAGGAAAGCCGUGCCGUCGCACCUCAACAAGCAGCUUUCGACGGCUCGGAUCAAUGGGGCGCCUCUCCCCGGAGCCGCUGGCGUCGUGGUGGUCGGGUGCGCCAUAGUCGUCAUUCUCGUCUCCCUGAUGACAGCGCGUCUCCUGGCCCACGCCCACGCCAACUCCACCCCCCGACCUCUUCGAUACCGCGUCCCUCCAGCCAAGCUCCCGGAGACGAGGACGACGGUCGAGCAGACCAGCAUCAAGAUCCCCGGAGCCUCGGCGAUCCAAUGCUACGCCCCUGCCACGGGCCAAUUCCUCGGGCUGGUCAACCCCUCCACGCCGGACGGCAUCGACCGCGCCGUCGCCGCCGCGUCGGCCGCCCAAAGAAGGUGGCGGCAGACGUCGUUUCGCCAACGCAAAGCCGUCCUCGGCUCCCUGAUGCAGUACGUCCUGGACCACGCCGAGGACAUCUGCAGGACCGCGUGCCUGGACAGCGGCAAGACCAUGGUCGACGCGCAGCUGGGCGAGAUCCUGGUCACGGUCGAGAAGAUCCAGUGGACGCUGCUGCACGGCGAGAAGGCCCUGAGGCCCUCGCGACGGCCGACCAGCCUGCUCAUGGCGUAUAAGCGCAACACAGUCCACUACGAGCCGCUGGGCGUGGUCUCGGCCCUCGUGUCGUGGAACUACCCCUUCCACAACAUGAUGGGCCCCAUCGUCAGCGCCCUCUUCGCCGGCAACGCCAUCGUCGUCAAGGUCUCGGAGCAGACGGCCUGGUCGAGCGCGCACUUUGCAGACGUCGCGCGCGGGGCGCUCGCCGCCCACGGCCACGACCCCAACCUCGUCCAGGCCGUCGCCUGCUGGCCCCAGACGGCGGGCCACCUGACCUCGCACCCGGCCGUAAGCCACGUCACCUUCAUCGGCUCGCGGGCCGUGGCGCACCACGUCGCCGCCAGCGCCGCAAGGAGCCUGACGCCCGUCGUGGCCGAGCUCGGCGGCAAGGACCCCUUCAUCGUGCUCGACUCGGCCGCCCCCCGCCUCGCGCGCAUAGCAGAGGUCGUCCUGCGAGGCACCUUCCAGGCCGCCGGCCAGAACUGCAUCGGCAUCGAGCGCGUCAUCGCGGCCGGCGCCGUCUACGACCGCCUCGUCGACAUGCUCGCGCCCCGCGUCAGGGCGCUCCGCCUCGGCCCCGACGCCGACGUCGGCGCCCUGAUAUCAGACGCCUCCUUCGACCGGCUCGAGGAGCUCAUCGCCGACGCCGUCCGGCACGGGGCCCGGCUCCUCGCCGGCGGCAGCCGACACGUCCACCCCGACUACCCCAAGGGGCACUACUUCCAGCCCACUCUGCUCGUCGACGUCACCGUCGACAUGCGCAUCGCCCAGCACGAGUGCUUCGCCCCGGUCCUGACCAUGCUGAGGGCCGCGUCCUCCUCCGCGGACGACAUGCUCGCCGUCGCAAACGCACCCGACUUCGGCCUCGGCGCUUCCGUCCACGGCUCUGAGCGCGACCCCGCCUUGGGCCCCAUCGUCCGCGGCCUCAAGGCCGGCAUGGUUGCCGUCAACGACUUUGCCGCCUACUAUGCCGUUCAACUCCCCUUCGGCGGGGUUGCUGGCUCUGGCUACGGCCGCUUCGCCGGCGAGGAGGGCCUCCGGGGCCUGUGUAAUAUCAAGAGUGUCUGCGAGGAUCGCUUCGGCUGGCUGGGCAUUCGGACGGGGAUUCCCCCGCCUGUGCAGUAUCCUGUGCCCAGUCAGGAACGGGGCUGGGCAUUUGCCCACGGUGUUGUGGAGGUCGGCUACGGAGAGGGACCGAGAAAAGUCAAAGGGUUGGCCAAGAUACUGGGCAACAUGUGA